AUGCCGAUCGUUCAGUUCGCGCCCCUCCAGUCCCUCGUUCAGCCCGCCUUCUGGCACGCCCUCACCGAUCUCAAGAUCGAUGUCCUCCGCCUCUCCGACGACGCCCUCCCCGUAGCCGCCUCCUACGCCCCCGGCCGCGCUGUGAAAGACCGUGAGACAGGCCAGGAGAUUGCGCUCGGCUGCAACCUGACCGUCGGAUCCGAUGCGUUCUCCAAGGAUCCCCAGGCGCCACAGCACGCCGUGGCCGCGACGGGCUCUUUCAAGAACUUCAACACGAUUGAGGAAUUCAAGAAUGCGGACAAGACCGCGCUCUUCGCGCAAACCGCCAACGAGAUCUGGAAGAGCAUCACGGUCGACAAGUCUACCGCGCAGCUCACCCGCUUCUUGCUGAUCACUUUCGCGGACCUGAAGAAGUACAAGUACUUUUACUGGUUUGCCUUCCCCGCAUUCGUCACCAAGCCCGCAUGGGAGAUCGACGCCGACUGGCAGGCCGCGGAGGACGUUCUUGGCGCAGAUACGCUCUCUGUGGUCCACGCACAGCAACAUGCCUCUACCCGUCCCUUCUUCCUCGUCCGCACCACUUCCGGGAAGACCGAGACCGCGCCCGUUGAGGACUAUGCAUCCUUCUUCGCGGAGGUGCCCCCUGCCGAGCGUACCGUCGCCUUCCUCGACCCCUCUGCGCUUCUAAACAACCCCGGCUGGCCGCUCCGCAACCUUCUCGCGUACCUGCUCGCGAACCACCCAGAGACCGCGCAGGGCGUGCGCGUCCUCUGCUGGCGCGACCCCGAGGCGCCGGCCGCCGCUGGGGGAUGGAAGAGCCGGGUAGGCGUCGUGAAACAGGGUGCAGGCGAGGUGGUGGUGGCGGCGGCAGGGACGAAGCCGAGCGCGGUUGGGUGGGAGAAGAAUAUCCAGGGGAAGCUGGGGGCGCGGAUGGCGGACCUUGCACCGAUGAUGGACCCCGCGAGGCUCGCGGACCAAGCAGUCGACUUGAACCUGAAGCUCAUGCGGUGGCGUAUCCUCCCUGCGCUCGACCUCGAGAAGGUGGCCGGGACACGGUGCUUGCUGCUUGGAGCGGGCACGCUCGGUUGCUACGUCGCGCGGACACUCAUGGGAUGGGGCGUGCGGACGAUUACCUUUGUCGACUCUGCACGAGUGUCGUUCUCGAACCCGGUCCGCCAGCCUCUGUUCGACUUCGAAGACUGCUUGAACGGGGGAAAGCCCAAGGCGGCGUGUGCCGCGGAGAAGCUGAAGAAGAUCUUCCCGGGCGUCAACGCGACCGGACUCAACCUAAGCAUCCCGAUGCCAGGGCAUCCAAUCCCACCGGCCUCAGUGGAGCAGACGAAGAAGGACGUUGCGACUCUGGAGAAGCUGGUAGACGAGCACGACGUCAUCUUCCUGCUCAUGGACUCGCGCGAGAGCCGGUGGCUGCCGACGGUGCUCGGGACGUCCAAGGGGAAGAUGGUGCUCAACGCAGCGCUCGGAUUCGACACGUUCCUCGUCAUGCGUCACGGCGCGCGCACGCCCGGGACGGACGGGAAGCGGCUCGGGUGCUACUAUUGCAACGACAUUGUUGCGCCCACCGAUUCGUUGACAGACAGGACGCUGGACCAGAUGUGCACGGUGACGCGGCCGGGGCUGGCGUCGAUUGCGGCGUCGAUGGCGGUCGAACUGCUAGUGUCGAUGCUGCAGCAUCCGGAGGGGAUCAAAGCGCCCCCGCCCCCGGUGCAAACGAACGCGGACAACACGGCGCCCCCCGGACAGGAAAGCAUUCUCGGGCUGGUGCCGCAUCAGCUGCGGGGCUUCCUUGCGCAGUUCCGGAACGUGCCAAUCGUGGGCGCGGCGUACGACCGGUGUACAGGCUGCAGCGAGACGGUGGUGUUGGCGUACGAGAAGGAAGGGUUCCCGAUGCUGCUGAAGGCGUUCAACGACACCGAGUUCUUGCCGGAGCUGACAGGGCUGAAGAAGCUGUACGAAGAGACGCAGGCUGCGCUGGACAACGACGACCUGGUCGACGGCGAGGAGGACGACUUCUGA